AUGAGGACUGUCUGCCUCUGCUUUUGUAUCCUGAUCCAAGUUGGUCUAUGUGCGGAGUCCGAGGAGAGGUUGCUGAAGUGGCUACUGAGUAGAGAGCGCUACAACAAGCUGAUACGACCGGCCAGUAACCAGUUUGAACCGGUUACCAUCAAACUGCAGGUCUCCCUGGCACAACUGAUCAGUGUGCAUGACAGGGAACAAAUUAUGAUCACCAAUGUCUGGCUAACACAGAACUGGGUUGAUUACAGGCUGUCAUGGGAGCCCUCAGACUUUGAUGGGAUUGACAAGCUCCGCAUUCCCUCCCGUCAUAUAUGGCUCCCAGAUAUUGUACUGUACAACAAUGCUGAUGGUAUCUAUGAGGUGACAGUCUUCACCAACGCCAUCGUCCUGUCCAACGGCACCAUCUUCUGGCUCCCUCCAGCUAUCUAUAAGAGUGCCUGCAAGAUCGAGGUGAAACACUUCCCCUUCGACCAACAAAACUGCACCCUGAAAUUCCGCUCAUGGACCUAUGACCACACUGAGGUGGAUCUGGUCCUCAGGACAGGUGUGGCCAGUAUGGAUGACUUCACGCCCAGUGGAGAGUGGGACAUCUUGGCUUUACCCGGGAGACGUACUUUCUCCGGCUCAGAGCCCAUCUACGUGGAUGUGACCUAUGACUUCCUGAUCAAAAGGAAUGAAUAUAUACCGUUGUUCUACACCAUAAAUCUGAUUAUCCCCUGUGUCCUCAUCACCUCUCUGGCUGUGUUGGUCUUCUACCUGCCCAGUGACUGUGGAGAGAAGAUCAGUCUGUGUGUCUCUGUACUGUUGGCCCUCACUGUGUUCCUGUUGCUGAUAUCUAAGAUCGUACCGCCAACCUCGCUGGACGUGCCCCUGAUCGGUAAAUACCUGAUGUUCACCAUGGUUCUCGUAACCUUCUCCAUCGUCACCAGUGUGUGUGUUCUGAACGUCCAUCACCGUUCCCCCAGCACACACACCAUGCCCCCCUGGGUUAAAGUUCUGUUCCUGGUCUGGCUGCCUGCCCUGCUCUGCAUGAGGCACCCCCAGAACAACUCAGCCAGACAGCGGCUCCGUCAGAGGAGGCAGCAGUCGCUCCAGAAGACCAAGGAGGCUAGCCCAGGGAUGGAUAAACCUGACCCUGGCAUGGCCUCCUCUCCUUCCUCCUCUCCAUUCCUCCUAUCUACUGGGCCCUACUACCUCAGAAAAAGGAGUGUGAGGACAUCAGAGGGGUUUCUGCCCGCGGAACAAUUGUCUGGUCGGCCGUGGUGUGGCAGCUCCUGCUCUGACAUCAGUCACAGUCCUGACUUACAGGAAGCUGUCGACGAGGUGCGAUACAUCGCUGACUACAUGAUUAGAGACGACGACAACAAGACCGUGAUUGAGGACUGGAAGUACGUGGCGAUGGUAUUGGAUCGGAUGUUCCUGUGGAUCUUUGCAGUAGGCUGUAUAGCUGGUACUCUUGGGAUCUUCCUCCAACCUUUCUUCCAGCAUCAGACCAUUCCCAUCCGGAAUCUCAGCAGCCCCACCUCACCAAGAGACAUCAUCUUGAAGGAUUCCGUUGUUUAAAACAAUUAUUAUCCAUGUAAACAAAUAAUAGUCUAGCUUAAAAAAAGCGGACCCCACCACAUGAAAUGAUCUGAAGGACUUUACUGUAAACUGGCUAAUGCCACUACUAUUCUUAGCUACAAUUUAUCACAAUAAUGAUGAAACAGAUGAUCCGGGAUUUCUGCCGUCAUUAUAUGGCUCAAUAGCUCAAGGAAGAGUUGUGUGUGUUUGUGUUUAGAUAGAGCAGUGUAUGACUGCUGUAGGCUGAGGAAGAUGCUUUGAAUUGACCGUGUUCGGUAAAGAGAUGUUUUGUGAUGAUGGAUAGACUUUAAUUAACAACAUGGUAACAUCAUGCAUGUUCUCUGAACUAGAAAUUAACAACAUGUAACAUUAUGCAUGUUCUCUAAACUAGAAAUUAACAACAUGUAACAUUAUGCAUGUUCUCUAAACUGAAUGUCACAAACUUGAGAAAAUAUAUGAAGUGUGCUGCCACCCUCUGCCUAUGGUAUGAAUUUAAAGUGAGGUCGUAAAGUAGGCCACUCAACAAAACGCUGAAUGGAUGGUUGGUUUGAACACGAGCAGGUUCUUAUUAUGAGGCGUGUUGUGAUCUCUCCAUUUUUAAUCUUCUGUGCUCAAUUGCCUUGUGGUGACAAUAUUACAUCAUCACAGGUCCAAUUGAACUAAUGUGCUGCCUGUGUUUAUGAAAGAGUGGCGUGGCGUGGGGCUUUAUUCAACACACUUUUAGAGGUCUAGCUAAAGAAACAUAACCUAAUGUGAAGGACUACAUAUUCAUCUCGUACUCAUACAGUCCCAAUUCAUUUUAUGACAUGAGUGGUCUGUGUAGCCUGGAGAAAUCCAGUCUGUUUGUGCUAACAUUCCACUCCUUGUCAUGACAAACAAUGACACAAGAGUAUAAGAAUGUUAGCACAAAAAAAGAAAAAGGUGAUGGGUUUCAGGCUAUGGCCUGUGUGAUUUAUCAAACAAUUACUUAGGAUGUAUGAGCAGUAGGAGUUGAUACAUAGCUGGGUUGCAGAUCGGUUGGUGCUGCCAUGACAACUCCGAUGGUGAUUGUCAAACCAAACAAACAGACUUGACAAGACAGUACUGUUACGAAACCAACGACUAGCCUGCUGAUAUUGUUGCCCUCUCUUUGUCUAGGGGUCCUAGGCCUAGUAACCUGGUCUGUAACCUGGUCUGUAACCUGGUCUGUAACCUGGUCUGUAACCUGAGUGAAUGUGUGCAUUUAUGAAACAAGUCAACGUUUGAAGACUGCGUUGGAUGCACAU